CCUGAUUUUGCAGGAAAAGUUUUCAUCAACUAAUAAAAGAAGCUACAUUUAAAUAUCGCUUGGAGUCCCUGUGACAUGGCUCUAGUAACUCUUCAGGUCUCUUCGCUCGAUGUGGGUUCGAAUAUUACACCUGUCCAGGAUGAUGAAAAAAGCAGAAGAAAGCGAAUGCAGAGACGGCAGAGCUUUGUCAUGGUGAAGGGAGCAGCACUUCUUCUGCAGGAUGAAGGGGAACCUAUAGAUACUAGAGAACCUCUUUCCUCAUCUGGCCCCAAUGAGCAGCAAAUCCACUUACAAUCAAUGCUGAGGCUGCUCAGAGAAGAAGACACACUUACACUGGCGGUACGACUGGAGCCUGUCCGAUCAUGCCUUACCCGCUAUCUGUUAGUGGUUUCCUCCACUGGAAAAUCCAAUGUGGAAGAGACACUUUUACUCGGUGUUGACUUCCCCCAUGAUGGUUCCCUUUGCUGCACAAUUGGCACUGUGCUGCCCAUAUGGAGUAACACACAAGUCUUCCUGGAUGGAGAUGGAGGAUUUACGGUCACAUCUGGGAUGGAUAUCCGGACAUUCAAGCCUAUUUCAGUUCAAACAAUGUGGUCACUCCUACAGAUGCUCCACAAAGCUUGUGAAAGUGCAUUGUCUAAUAAUGUCAUAUCAAGCAGUCUGUAUUCUGGAUUAAUCUAUUACCAAAGUAAUCGUAGUUCACCCCAGGUUUGUUUGAAUGCAUGGACAGCUUCUCCAGACAUUGAAUCUGCUCGAAGGGACCCUGCCACCCCAGAGAGAGAAGAAACAGAGAGAAUUAUUAAACUAAAACUGCGGGAUAUCCUGAGAGAGAGUGAUUUGGAAAACAUAACAUCCAAGGAGGUACGUAGUGCUUUAGAGCAGCACACACUCUGCGCACUGCAGGACUACAAAGAGUUUAUAGAUAAUGAGAUGAUAAUUAUCCUUGCCCAGAUGGACAGACCUUCUGAGAUCUUUCCAUAUCUUUAUCUGGGCUCUGAGUGGAAUGCAUCUAAUCUGGAAGAACUUCAGAAGAACAAGGUCAGUCAUAUUCUAAAUGUCACUCGAGAGAUUGAUAACUUUUUCCCUGAGCUUUUUAUGUACUUGAAUAUCCGAGUUCUAGAUGAGGAGAACACAAAUCUCAUGCAAUACUGGAAGGAAACACAUGCUUUCAUCACUACUGCCAGACAUCAGGGGUCCCGUGUACUUGUGCACUGCAAGAUGGGAGUCUCUCGCUCAGCCUCCACCGUUAUUGCUUAUGCAAUGAAAGAAUAUGAAUGGACAUUGGAAACUGCUAUUAGACAUGUAAAGGAAAGAAGAAGCAUUGUUCAACCUAAUGCAGGGUUCAUGCGGCAACUUCAAACAUAUCAAGGAAUCCUAGGAGCCAGUAAGCAAAGACACAGCUACCUCUGGGACCCCAGUUCAGCACCAUCUUUACCUCUGAUGUCUCCUCCCCCCAAGAAUUUUUCAAGCCCCACAACCUCACCUCUCACACCAAGGCUGCAAAAGAUGAAUCUGCGUACUCUAAUGCGAUCCAUCAGUGAGAUGGAGGCAGCUGAUACCAUUUCAGAGGAGAAGGAAAGCACUGUAGUAUUAGAAGAGACCACUUUAAAGCAGAACUUUAAUGUGUUAGAGAGUUCAUCAAAUAAUCUACAAGUCACUCCUAAAAGAAAUGAACAUGUGCUAAGUAAGGAACAGAUUAUACAGGAAGAGAAAAAAGUAAUGGAACUAGAAAAGGGACCAGAGUGGGUGGUGAAAAACAAUGUUCUUGAAGAAAUGAAAGAGACAGAAGAGAGAGAACUGCCGAAUUUUGAGCUACCAAUGAGCUUAAAUCAAUCAAGGGAGAGAGACCAAGAGACCAUUAAGGAAAGCUCUGUCAUUACUCAAGGGAGCAGUUCUUUGGAUGAGGUGUUUGAAAGCAGUACUCCAACUCGUUCCCCUGAGAUGGCCAGCUAUGCAUGCCAGAAGAUACAAUACUUUGAACAACAUUCAGAAGGCUAUUCAAAAGUUUGCUUUGUAGACAAUUUACAGUCUGUGUCAGAAGAGGAGAAGGUAACACUUGUUUCCAAGCAACUGCAAACGGAUGAACAUGGAGAACGCAAAGCAAGAAUCACUCGGCAGCAAAAUGUGAUAGAUACACAUGAAGAGCUGUAAAUAAAUUUCGAUCUGGGUUCUUUUUAUGAAGUUGGUGGGAUGUUCCUGGUUUCAUGGUCUUAUUCACAGUUAUAUUGAGUAUAUAUAAAAUGUUACAAAGGUGCCUGAAAGAUAGACAAGACUCAGGGACCACCUUAAAUUUGAUUGUAAUUUUUUUUCUUUUAAAAUAUGCUUAUCUUAAUAAAGAAAUGCAACGUAC